AUGGCGGUUGUGGCGUUGACCGUUUCCUCGGUAGCUUCGAUCCAAGUUGCUGUGCGGUCGAAUCCUCGAGUGUUGAGCCUUCCGAUCGAAAAAAGAUCGGUCCCAGAUGUCCUCACGCGUGACCGCACACGGCUCAGGCGGCGCACUGGGACUGUGGAAGCAGCACUGGACAACGAAUUAACCUUGUACUAUGCAAAAAUAAGCCUCGGAACUCCAAAGCAGUCUUUCCGCGUCCAGCUCGAUACGGGGAGCUCUGACCUAUGGGUGAAUGAAGCCAACUCGACGUAUUGCGAGUCCAGCGAGGAUGUCUGCGAAGGUGGUACAUACGACCGGACUUCCUCGUCGACCUACAAUUUUGUGAACGCUGACUUCGACGUGACCUAUGAAGAUGGCUCUGCUGCGUCCGGCAUCUACGCCACAGAUACGCUUUACUUUGGAGACGUCAGCCUGGAUUCCUUCCAAUUUGGCAUUGGGCAAACCUCCACGGCCGACAACAAUGUUCUGGGCAUUGGCUACAUGGCAAACGAAGGUGAAGAUAGAACAAUAGGUUCCACGUAUGCCAAUUUGCCCCAAGCCCUGGUGGAUGUCGGUAAGAUUUCCACCAGCGCGUACUCUCUCUGGCUCAAUGACCUAGAUGCCAACACGGGAGAGAUUCUGUUCGGUGGGGUCGAUCAAGAUAAGUACUUGGGCGAGCUGACCACACUUCCUGUUCUCAAAUCGGACGGUGGAUACCGCGAGCUCGCUGUCGCCCUGACCGGCAUUUCUGUGUACGGGGCCAAUCUCUCCUCAUCCUCGUCUCUGCCGAUUGGCGCGGUUCUGGACAGCGGCACUACUCUCAGCUACCUCCCGGACUCACUGGUCGAAGAGAUCUACAGCCAGAUGGACGCCACCUAUUCGUCCUCAGCAGGCUACGCGUACGUCACCUGUAACGGGGGUACUAGUGGCUCCAAUGACACCGUCGACUUUACAUUCUCUGGAAAGACAAUCAAAGUGCCGUUUGAUGAACUUAUUCUGGGCGCCGCAACCAGCAGCGACGGGCAACCUUUGAGCUUUGAGAACGGCGAGGAAGCAUGUAUCCUGGGGAUCGCACCGUUGGGCUCAUCCAGCACCUCCAUUCUCGGCGACACCUUCCUGCGCUCCGCAUAUGUGGUCUACGACCUGACCAACAAUGAGAUCUCGCUGGCACAGACCAUCUUCAACGCAACGUCAUCCGACAUACGAGAAAUCACGAGAAAUUCAGACUCGGUGCCAGGUGCAGUGGUGGUUGCUUCUGCUGUUACGACGAUUGCAGUUGAGACCGGCGGGACCGCCAUGUUCAAUGUAGCAACAGCAGUGGUUUCGAGCGCGACUGAGACAAGCAUCAGUGUCAGACUCAAUUUGUCGUUGGGUAAUAGAGUCUACACUGCCCUCAUUGCGAUUUUUGCUAGCACGGUGAUCAUGAGUAUCUAG